UCGAAAAAAAAGCGCGGCAAAAUUUCAAGCGGAUUCCCCUUCUCCCUCCACUCUCCAGUCUCCCCCCACAAAUUUCAGUGCGUCCCGCUCCUCCAGUUGCCGCCAACAUUUCAAAACCCUAAAAUCUUCCCCAAGAAGCCACCAACCUUUCAAAGCCCUAGAUACCCUUAUCCUCCAUUUAAACACCCCCCACCCCCAAUCUCCUCUCAUCGCUCACAACCCAUUCGACGAAAUUCCUCACCCAAAUCGGAGCCCUAGGUUUCAGUCAUGUACGUAGUCAAGAGAGACGGCAGGCACGAGCCCGUCCACUUCGACAAGAUCACGGCGAGAUUGAAGAAGUUGAGCUAUGGAUUGAGCCACGAGCACUGCGAUCCUGUGCUCGUCGCGCAAAAAGUCUGCGCCGGGGUUUACAAGGGCGUCACCACGAGUCAGCUCGACGAGCUUGCGGCCGAGACGGGCAUGACUGCUAACCACCCGGAUUAUGCUUCGCUUGCUGCGAGGAUUGCGGUCUCGAAUCUGCAUAAGAACACGAUGAAGUCGUUCUCUGAGACGAUUAAGUUGAUGUAUCAUCAUUUCAACGAGAGAUCGGGGCUCUCAGCGCCUUUGGUUGCCGAUGAUGUUUAUGAGAUAAUCAUGAAAAAUGCAGCUUAUUUGGACAGUGAGAUAAUUUAUGAUAGAGACUUUGAUUAUGACUACUUUGGUUUCAAAACUCUUGAGAGAUCCUAUCUCUUAAAAGUCUCUGAAAAGGUUGUAGAAAGACCUCAACACAUGCUGAUGAGAGUUGCUGUUGGAAUUCACAAGGAAGAUAUUGAUUCUGCUGUCAAAACAUACCAUCUAAUGUCACAGCGGUGGUUUACACAUGCUUCUCCUACCUUAUUUAAUGCUGGCACUCCUCGUCCUCAGUUAAGCAGCUGCUUCCUUAUUUGUAUGAAAGAUGAUAGUAUCGAGGGCAUAUAUGACACUCUCAAGGAGUGUGCUGUUAUAAGCAAAUCUGCUGGAGGAAUUGGUGUUUCUGUUCACAAUAUUCGUGCAAUGGGCAGUUAUAUUCGUGGAACAAACGGAACUUCUAAUGGUAUUGUCCCAAUGUUAAGGGUGUUUAAUGACACUGCUCGCUAUGUUGAUCAAGGGGGAGGCAAGAGGAAGGGUGCAUUUGCGGUGUAUUUGGAGCCUUGGCAUGCGGAUAUAUUUGAGUUUCUUGACCUCAGGAAAAACCAUGGGAAGGAAGAACACAGAGCACGCGAUCUCUUUUAUGCCCUCUGGAUUCCCGACCUCUUUAUGGAGAGAGUCCAAAAUAAUGGAGAGUGGUCAUUGUUUUGCCCUAAUGAAGCUCCGGGAUUGGCUGAUUGCUGGGGCGAGGAGUUUAAUAAGUUGUACACAAAAUAUGAGAGAGAGGGUAAGGCCAAGAAGGUUGUUCAAGCUCAGAACCUCUGGUUUGAAGUUCUGAAGUCUCAGAUCGAAACUGGAACACCUUACAUGCUAUAUAAGGACACUUGCAAUAGGAAAAGCAAUCAACAAAAUCUUGGGACCAUAAAGUCUUCGAACUUGUGCACUGAAAUAUUAGAGUAUACUAGCCCCACUGAAACUGCUGUGUGCAACUUGGCUUCAAUUGCUUUACCACGAUUUGUUAGGGAGAAGGAUGUUCCUAUUGAGUCACAUCCAUCAAAGUUGGUUGGAAGCAUAGGAUCGAAGAACAGAUACUUUGAUUUCGAUAAACUGGCUGAGAUUACAGCAAUAGUCACAGCAAACCUCAACAAAAUAAUUGAUGUUAAUUACUACCCUGUGGAAACUGCUAGAAGAUCUAACAUGAGGCAUAGGCCGAUUGGCAUAGGUGUCCAGGGUUUGGCAGAUACCUUCAUCUUGCUCGGCAUGCCUUUUGAUUCUCAAGAGGCACAAAAGCUGAACAAGGAUAUAUUUGAGACAAUAUAUUAUCAUGCCCUGAAAUCUUCUUCAGAAAUUGCUGCUAAAGAAGGCACAUAUGAGACAUAUGAAGGAAGCCCCGUCAGUAAGGGAAUUCUUCAACCUGACAUGUGGAAUGUUACUCCAUCUAGCCGAUGGGAUUGGCCUGCACUGAGAAGAAUGAUAUCUAAGAAUGGAGUUAGGAACUCUCUUCUGGUUGCUCCAAUGCCUACUGCUUCAACAAGUCAAAUUCUUGGUAACAAUGAGUGUUUCGAGCCCUACACAUCUAACAUUUAUAGUCGAAGAGUACUGAGUGGAGAGUUUGUAGUCGUGAACAAGCAUCUCCUGCAUGACUUGACAGAAAUGGGGCUCUGGUCUCCAACUCUUAAAAACCAGAUAGUUUAUGAAAAUGGUUCGGUUACCAAUGUUUCAGAGAUUCCUGAUCAUCUCAAAGCAAUUUACAAAACUGUGUGGGAGAUCAAGCAAAGGACUGUUGUUGACAUGGCUGUUGAUCGAGGUUGCUAUAUUGAUCAAAGCCAGAGCUUGAAUAUUCACAUGGAUCAACUUAACUUUGGGAAGCUAACUUCAAUGCACUUCUAUGCUUGGUCUAAGGGUCUUAAAACAGGAAUGUAUUAUUUGCGUUCACGAGCUGCAGCUGAUGCAAUCAAGUUCACUGUCGAUACUUCCUUGAUCAAGGAUAUGCAGAAUGAAAAGGCAGUGGAGGAGGAUAAUUUGGAAUCUAAAAUGGCACAAGUUGCUUGUUCAUUAGAAAACAGAGAAGAGUGCAUGGCGUGUGGAAGUUAAGAUCAUCAAAGUUGGGACUUGCAAAAUAUUGGAAUGCGAGAAAAUAACCGCAUGAUUGUGAUUUUCCUGAACCUUCAGCGUCCAUCUCUUUUUGAGAAUCUUCAAGAUUUUAGGAGCUCAUUCUAUUUAUAUUCGUCUAGCCAUGCUGCUUUGUUAUAUGUAUUUGAGAUUAAUUUUUUUCUGACUGUUUUGUCUUAGUAAAUCAUAUAAUGUGUUUGUUAGAAGAUCCCCAUUCUAGCUAUGUAAAAAGUUGUUCUUAUAUAAAGCUGGUAUUUUCUUGUGCUUGUAUGUCA